UUUUUACAAGAUUAAGUGUUGGACACAGUCUGUUGAAUGAGACCUUAAAUGUGAUAGGAUGUGACGCAUCCAACAGGAAAGUGUGAUUAUUGCCAGGAAACAGAGACCGUGGAGCAUGUGUCAGUGUGUGCAGUAUGAGAGGGAAAGAGAGAGGUUGAGAUCUAGUAUGAUGGAAAAGGGAAAACAGGAAAUUCGUUUCAAGAUUAUAUUGAGUAGAACGUCUUUUUAUAUCGUCUCAAAUAUGUUGUUAUCUUUUUUUUUAAGAGCAACGCGUCUGGCAGGUAGGGUUUAGUUUCUCUCUGUCUCCUGCGGCCCACACUCCAGUACAGUAGUCGGCGGUAACGCACCAUCAUUUUGGAUGCCAACCGUCGAUAAACCCAACCGAAGAAGAAGGACAUCUCUUAUAUAACAUUCACAACUGAAAGUAGGCUACAGUUUAACUGAUAGAUCAGACCUUAUUAUAGAUUGUUAAAUCGUUCCUUCUAAAACACAUAAGUCUAUCAGACAAAAAAGUGAUCCUCGGGACAUCUUAAGACGAAAGUGAUGGCUGAGUCAAGAAUGGCAGAGUCACCGCACCUUAGGAUUGUCCUGUUAGGCAAGACAGGCGUUGGGAAGAGUGCAUCAGGGAACACCAUCCUGGGAAGAAAAGCGUUUCUGUCCAAACGGAGUUUAGUCAAAAGUGUGACAAAAGAUUGUGCAGAAGAAAUGUGCGUAAUUAAUGGUCGUAAUAUCUCUGUGGUGGACACUGUGGGUAUUUUCAGCACUAACAGCUCUGAUGGACUGAUUGAGGCAGAGUGCAAGCGGGCCAUGGAAGCUCCUGUCCCCUGUGUUUUCCUUGUGGUAAUAAAAGUGGACAGGUUCACAAAGGGAGAGCAAGAAGCCGUGGAGAGAAUUGAAGACAUAGUUGGUAAAGAGGGAAUGGAAAGAAGCUGUAUCCUGUUGACACAUGGUGACAUGGCAGAUGAGCUGACAGUGGAUGACAUGAUUCAAGAAGAAGGAGCUGAAGACUUCCGUGAAGCAGUGAUGAAAUUCCAGGGGAGGUGCUAUCUGUUCAACAAUAAGAUAGAGAGUCGUGAUCAGGUUAACAAUCUUCUGACCAAACUAGAAUCACUCCAAAAGACUACUUCAUCAGCUUCAUCUUCUUCAUCAGCUUCAUCAGCUUCAUCUUCUUCAUCAGCUUCCAACAUGAAUUCAGAAAACACCACGGAGAGCUCAGCUGAGAGAAGAAUUGUGUUACUGGGCAGAAGUGGAGUUGGGAAGAGUGCAUCAGAAAACACCACGGAGAGCUCAGCUGAGAGAAGAAUUGUGUUACUGGGCAGAAGUGGAGUUGGGAAGAGUGCAUCAGGAAACACCAUUUUGGGUCUGAGAGGAUCAGAGCAGUUCAGGUCUGACUGUAGCUUUAACUCAGUAACAGAAAAAAGCGAGGCCAAAUCAGCAGUAGUGGCAGGAAGGGAAGUCAAGGUGAUAGACACACCUGGCCUCUCCAAGGGGAAACACACUCCUCAGCAUGUGUUUAAUGAGAUGAUGAAGAGUUGCCUGCUCGCUGAAGAGGGGCUGCAUGCCUUUGUCUUAGUGAUUGAGCUGGGCAGGUUUGAAAAGAAUGAUGAUGAGAUAAUUUACUUACUGAAAAAGGCAUUUGGUAAGGAGGCCUUAAAAUAUGCAGUGGUUCUUUUCACACAUGGUGAUAGACCCAGCAGCCAAAACAUUGAACAAAAUAUACAGGCAAACGAGGAUCUUAAAAACCUUGUGGAAAUGUGUGGUGGCAGAUACUGUAUCUUCAACAACACAUCCAUGAACAACAAACGGCAGGUUAGGGAGUUGUUUACGAAGGUAGAUGAGAUGGUACAAGUCAAUGGUGGUACAGCCUAUGUUGGUGAGAUUGUCGGCAUAGCGCGCACUAUCAUGCGAGAACUAAGAGAGUCCGCUACAGAUUACAGCGAUAGGCUGAGUACUGCCUGGAGACGCUUUUGCAACUGGGUGGUCACCAUCUGGGUGGCAAUGUGUGAAUCUUUUACACGUUUUUUGGAAAACACCAUCAUCCUUGCCAGAACAUUUCCCCACAAACCUGCCCACAAUUACAGCGAUCUUUCACAAAUGUGCUAAUUCACAGGUCAUUUUAAUCAUCUGGAAAUAUUUACAGACAAUUGAGGAUACAUUUGAAAGGUUAUUUUCGAGGUACCCAUGUUGCUGUAGAUACUUGUUAGUGGAUAGAACAUAAUAUGGGGUGGCAGGGUAGCCUAGUGGUUAGAGCGUUGGACUAGUAACCACAAGGUUGCAAGUUCAAAUCCCAGAGAUGACAAAGUAUAAAUCUGUCAUUCUGCCCCUGAACAGGCAGUUAACCCACUGUUCCUAGGCCGUCAUUGAAAAUAAGAAUCUGUUCUUAACUGACUUGCCUAGUUAAAGGUAAAAUAUAUAAGAAUUGUGCAAAUUUUGCUGCAGGACUAGACUACCAGGGCAGUUGUAAUCGGAGAUUGCAGGACUAUCAGGGCAGGUGUAAUUGGGAGGGAUUAGAUGGGGAGAAGGAUGUGACUGAACAAACUAUCACGUGUUAAUGUGUAAGGAUGAAUGACAUCACACAUCCCUCAAAUAAUCUGUCUCAUUUAUUAACAGAGUGCCAAGGUGUUCCAUCUAAUUUAUUAACAGAGGGCCAAGGUGUUCCAUCUCAUUUAUUAACAGAGGGCCAAGGUGUUCCAUCUCAUUUAUUAACAGAGGGCCAAGGUGUUCCAUCUCAUUUAUUAACAGAGGGCCAAGGUGUUCCAUCUCAUUUAUUAACAGAGUGCCAAGGUGUUCCAUCUCAUUUAUUAACAGAGUGCCAAGGUGUUCCAUCUCAUUUAUUAA